CAAAUUAAAGCACACGAGGGAACGGUAUUGCUAUCCCUGUACUCGAUUACGGACCUGUUUGGCCGUCUAAUCCCCGGUUGGAUCUCAUACUUGGACUACGUUAGCAACCGAAACAUCUUCGUCUCGUCCAUCGGUGUCAUGGGAUUAACACUACUGGCGAUGCCUUUUGCCAACAGUUUCCCGACGUUUGCGGCGCUCACUCUGGUCUGCGGUUUUGUCACCGGAUGUCAAAUGGUUUUACCGCCGGUCGUGUUGUCCGAGUAUUUGGGCGCCGAUAACACGGCCGUAGCGUUUGGUUUAUCAAACUUUAUGUGCGGUUCUCUUACCAUCAUAUUUAGACCACUACUUAUAGGCGUGAAGGACAGGACGGGUCACUACGAUAUACUGUUUUACAUCCUGGGCUGUCUGGGCAUUGCCAGUGCUCUACUUUGGCUCGUUGUCAUUUGCAAUAACUCUACACCAAAUAAACAAAAAAUUAAUCAUGCUAAAUUAAUU